AAGUGGUUCCCGGCGCUGCGGGCCGCGUGCGCGGGUCUCCAGCGACUGCGUUGCCUCGGCGGCCGCGAUGACCAAAAUUAAGGCGGACCCGGACGGGGUGGAGGCCCCGGCGGAGGCGUGCUGCGGGGAGCGCACCUACCACGAGCUGCUGGCCAACCUGAACCCCAUCGCGCAGCCCCUGGCUUCGAUCAUGGUUUUGGCAGGAGACACGCUGCCCAUCGAGGUGUACUGCCACCUCCCGGUCAUGUGUGAGGACCGGAACCUGCCCUAUGCCUACGUCCCCUCCAAGACGGACCUGGGUGCAGCAGCAGGCUCCAAACGCCCCACCUGCGUGAUCAUGGUCAAGCCCCACGAGGAGUACCAGGAGGCCUACGACGAGUGUCUGGAGGAGGUGCGGGCCCUGCCCGCGGCCCUGUGACGGCUCGGCACACCUGGGCGUCUCUGGAAGCUGUUGGGAUGGUGGGCCAGCGGCUGCCCACACUGACAGCGUCUCCAGCUCCUUGAGGCCAGCUUCUUCCCAGGCAGCUCUUGGCGACACCGGCGUCUCCUUCAGUGCUGCUGCUUGGUGCCCUCAAGUGAAGCAGGUUCCAAGCGUGUGGGGUGGGAAGUAAAUGCUGAGACUAGCACA